AUGGACGAGAACAGAAAAUAUGGAAAGAAAGAAGAGCAGAGCAACCCCCAGAUUCGAGGAGAAGCAGAGUAUAAUAUUCCCUCAUAUGGAAUUAAUGAGAAUAUACCGGAGGGGUUUUCAUAUCCGCAUUGGAUACCCCAGAACAUGAAUUAUACAUUUGACCAGCAAUACAACUAUUACAAUCACUCUAUGCCUCAGUUUCAUAAUGGUGGAAUGAUGCCACAGGGAUUUGUGCAGGAACAAAUGCAUCCGAUUAUGUUUGAAAAGCCGCGAGGAAAGAGUCAUGGAAAGAAAAAGAUAAAACUUGAAUAUAUAUCUGGAAAGAAUAAAAGAAGUGUUUGCUUUAGUAAAAGAAAGAGGGGAAUAAUGAAGAAGGCAUAUGAGCUGAAUGUUCUUACUGGGACUGAGAUUCUUUUACUUGUUGCCAGCGAAAGUGGGCAUGUAUUCACUUUUGCAACAGAAAAGCUAAAGCCCAUUAUAACAGAACACGAGGACAUUAUACAGAAUUGUCUGAAUAGACCUGAAGGAACACCUUAUAAACCUAAUUUCUCUAAAGGGAGUGAAAGACAGAAUUCUGAAAACAAAGGAUAUGGAAAAGCAGAACCAUUGGACAAAUCUAGAGAAGGUUAUUGA